CGCAGUCAGCCCAGCACUGUGCUCCCCUGGGGCACAGUGCCAGUGCUGCCCCGGCUCUCUCUCUCUCUCUCCAGAGCCACCCUCACUGCUGCUCACAUGUGCCCCACCACCAUUAAACACAGUGCAUCUGGCCUUAUCUCCCUUCCUCCUCCCCACAGGUAGAGGGCAGCUGGCUCUGCCCCAGCGAGAAGGGACACUUCAUCCUAACCGUCCUGGAGGGCAUGACGCAGCCGAGGGUCUCUGACACCAAGGUGCUUGCCAGGGCGUUGGAUGCAGUCCUGAAAGAUGCGGGCUCUCAGCUCUCGAAUGUGCCACUGAUCGUGCAGAGCAUCUACGACCACCUCGUGUCGGACUGUAAGGAGUCGCUCCGAGACAUCGCGAUCCAGACCCUUCUGCAGAUGACGCGCUUGAACCCGCAGUGUGUGGUCAGCUCCGUGCUGCGUGACAUCCCAUGGUCUUCCGCAAUCAUGUGGCAGACGAUGGUCUCCGAACCCAGCCUUGCAGAGGUUGUGCUGGAGAGCCUGCUGCAGAAAUGGCCAACGGCCAGGCACGAUGGCCUUGGCCCGGGCCACAACUGCACCGGUUACCUGGCUAUAAGCCACGCCCUGCAUGCGAUCCUCCAUCUGCCUUCCAGUGAAGAGUCUGCUUGGCAGCUGAUCCACGAGCUGUACGCGGGGAUGCUCUUCCAGAUCUUCUUCAUGCUGCAGUGCUCACAGCGUGGCUGCUUCAGUCCCAUCAUCAGUCACAUGGAGGACAUGUCGCCUGUGAACAACAUCAGGCGUGUGGUGGAGAGCAUGAGAGCUCUUUUGCAACACCUGGGGAGUGACAGUCUGGUGGAGGACAUAGAGCAGCAAGGUGGCUGGGACAUGCUUAUGAGCCUUGAGACCUACCACACAGGUGUGGCUGUGCUGACCAG